UAAUGACACACAGUAGAAAAAUUCAUAUUAUUUAUUUUCAUGAGGCAUGUGCAUGAAAGGAAAUAAAAAUUGUAAAAUGAAACUAAAAUAUAUUGAUUGGGUUCGAUUCAUUUAUCCUUAAUAGUAUGUCGGACGUAUUCCACAAAAGCUGCUAUACAUCUCGCAGUACAAGAUAUAAGUACAGAAGCCUAUCAACUAACACAGGUGGACACAAACGGCGUGACAGCAAAGAGGAAAGUACUUUUGAUAUAAAAAUCAAGGAACUUAAAAGAGAGAUCACUUCUAAAAUCUUGUCUGAAGUGGAUAUGAUGCAAAAGGCUCGAGAAUGUAUGAACAUUAAAUUUGAAAAUGUAGACGAAAAGAUAAACUCUAUGGUGGAUUUACAAAAUACUGUGAAAUGUUUGAGGAAAGACUUGCAGAACGCUGAAACCACUUUGGCUGGUAUAGUUAUGAAAAUAGAGCGUCUGAACAUGCUCGUUGCUGAUAAUGAAGCUCGCAGCCUUCGUUCUAGGAGGAGUCCAAUUGCAGAAGAAAGAUUAUUAAUAACUACUACUCAUAUCUAAUAAGUAAUAGAUAAGCAGGCAUCUUGAUGAUUGGUUCUACAGGUAAAUUGUUAAUGUAACUAAUAAAUUAAAUACAGUUGUUGU